GGCGGCACCACCUGCUGUCAGCGGCGGUUAGUCGACAAUCCCCACGCAACAGCGGAACUCUAAGUUGCCACUUCAGCACAAUACCACCUCGCUUUUCACCAUGAGUCAAAGCAGAACGCCGAAUCUAGAAGGGGGCCAGGCCCCCGACGCAGGUGCGCAGCCCAUCGUCACCCAUCUGGCCUGGGUCACCUUGCCAGGGCCGAGUUCCACUACUGCAUCGGCUGCCUCAUCUUCACCCACCUUGAUUUCACCUGCUUCACUUCCUUGUUCAUCGCCAUCCGCGUCGCAUUCUGCCGAGCAUGGCGAUGCCACCCCGCGAGGACGCUUGCCGGCCGCUGAUGCCCAACCCAAUGGCCGUUCUAGUCUCCGGGCGAAAGAUCACAGUCCUCCUACUUCUGGCGAUAUCCAACCAGGCAUGAUGCGUGACAGGGGCGAUGGAACGACGGUAGAAGCGGGUCUGACGAUGGAAGAGGCAACUAUCUUCGAUCAGUGCGAAGCUCAGGAUCGGGUGACGCGGGCGCACGCGGGCCAACCCGCUGCAAAGUUGACAGCAUUGACCGCAACGUCAUUACUGCCACGAGAUGCGGAGGGAUGCCCAACCGUUUCGUAUCCAGCAGCGAUGGACGAGGGCGUCUUCACAAGGAGAUCUUCGGUCGAAACGCUCGUGGUGGGAUGGGGCAGGAGCCUUGACGGCGAUCCGAGCCUGGAUGAGCUGCCAAACGAGGUACUCAUGCAUAUCCUGAGCUAUCUCGAAGUGUGCGAGCUGCUGGAUGUGUCGAGGGUAUGUUGGUUCAAGUUUUCCUCUCUGCAUCGGCAUCUCGUGUGACGUGGGAUUGCACGUGGUUUUUCGACUCUGCGACGGAAAUUACGGGGAGUCCAGUGUCUCCCUCUCUGUUACACCGGUCGAGUCACUCCUCUCUCACCCUCCUCCCUCCCUCUUCACGAGCUCCCGCUACCUGUGCCUGUCCGAUAUUCGCUCCUACAUGUCAUUCUCAUUUCGCCCGCGGCAUUCUCACGCCGUUGUUUACAUCGUGGCCACGGAUGUCUUGAAUCCCACUGCACUAGCAACUUGCGUUCCAAGUUGAAAUCGAAUGCCCGGUCCAACCAAACACUAACCUAU